AUGGCUAUUCUUAUAACAUUGGAAAAGGAAAAUGAAAAACUUAAGAAGGUAGCUGAGAAACUUUUAUAUUUAUUGAACAAAUAUAGGCAUGCUUAUUUAAUGUCUAUUGAUCUCAUAAAUUUUUACGACGAGAUAAUUGAAAAAAGAGAUGAUAAUAAUUAUAAAGAAUUAGAAGAAUGUUAUAAAAAAAAGAGACCAUGGGAAGGUAUAAUAGACGAAGAAAUGAUAAUUAGGAAAAAGCUAAAAAACAAUUUAUGUUAUUAUGAAGGAAAAGAAGACACAAAAAAAAUAAAAAUUACAGAAACAGGUGAUUCGGAAACGUUGCCUAAUGAGGGUAAUGAUGGUGAUGAUAGUAGUAAUUUCAGCUUAAGCGGUAAUAAAAUAUUUAAGGGAGAUUACAACAAAUUUCAUGAUAAUAAUAUGGAAAGUGAAGAUGCAAAGGAUAAUAAAAUUACUUCGGACUAUGUCAGUUUAGGAACUUUAGAUUUUAGUGCAUAUAAAGAAGACGCAGAUGGGCAUAUUAAAUAUUGUGAAAAAAAUAAGACAGAUAUAAAAGUUGAUAAAACAAAAAAAAAUAAUAAUAAUGUUUCAAAAUAUGUUCAACAAUCAGACAUUAAGAAAAAAAGUGUAUUGAAUCAGUCUAUUUAUAUGAAAAGUAAUAAUGUAAAAUCAUCACAAAUUCGUAUAUUACCACAUAUGCAUAAAAGUAUAUAUAACGCAGAUAAUAGUUUUUCUAGAUUAAAUUCUUCUAAAAAAUCGAAUGUAUUAAAUAGUUAUAAAAGUGUAUAUAUUAAUAGUAAUAUAAUGCAUAAAAAUAUAGGAAUGGAUAAAAAAAUAAUAAAAAAUGAACUAAAUAAAAAUGAGGUUUCACAAAAUAAUAAUUUGAAAGGUUUAAAUAAGAGUGUCUAUAUUGGAAGAAGAGAGAAAAGUACUUAUGUCACUAGUAACAGUAUUAUUGUUCCUAACAGAAAUAAUAGAAUAAAUGGCCCAAUAAAUGAGAGUCUUCUUCUUACUAAUAAAAAUUCUUUAAUAAAUAAAGACAGUAUAAAAAAGCAAGAACUAUUGAACAAAAAAAUGAGUGUAAUAAAGGCUAGUAAUACUUAUAAUAAUAGCAUUCCUCUGAAAAAAAUGAAUACUUUAAGUAUUUUAAAAACCAACAAUUAUAUUAGUAAUAAAAAUGGAUUAAAUAAAAGUAUAUAUUUUAGUCGAAGCAAUACGUUAACGAGCAAUGAUAAAAAGAAAAAUAUCACUGACUCAUAUGGUGAUCAGGGAAAAGUUGGCACUGGUGGAGAUAAUAAUUUAAACAGAAAAGCUGGGUAUAUGGGUAAUUUGAAUUUUUUGGGAAAAAAUGAAGUUCGAAAUGCUGAAAUUUCAAAGGAAAUAGGAAUUACGAUAAAAGAUGUAGAAAUAGAGAAAACCGAGCAAAAUACUAAGAAACUUUUUGUAGAUGAAAAUUUGGGGAUUGAAAAAUCAGAUAGAAUAAAUUUUCCAACUGUUCAAAAAUUAUCAUAUAGUCCAUUAACAUUAGAAGAUAUUGAAAAGUUGGUCGAAGAUGAAGAAAAGGGGAAAGAAGUUUCUGCUAAUAAUAAUUUAAAUUCACCUCUAAGCAAAGACAAUGAUGUUGUAUAUGAAAAAAAAAAUAUUUGCAUUGACAAAGAUAAUUUAAAAAGUUUAGUUUGCUCAUCAGAAAAAAAUCAAACUUAUAUUAAAAUAGAAAACAAUUGUGAUGAUAAUGAUGAAAUGAGUGAAAAUAUAUCUCAAGUAAAUGAAAUAAAAAAGGAAGAUAAGACAAAUGGGGAUAAUAAUGAAAAUAGGCAUCUUUUGACGAGUACAAUUAAUAAUGAAAUUAUAAAUCAUGAGAUAAUUGAACAUAUUGGGAAUCCAUUAAGUGAUGGUCUUAUAAAAGUUGAAAAAAAUAUUGAAGAAAAACCAAGUGAAUAUGUACAAAUUAAAAAGGAGGAAAAUAUUGUGAUAGAAAACGGUUUUAACGAAAUGAGUUACAAUGAAAAAUGUAAAAUUGCAAAAGCGGGAGAAGAAGAAAAUAUGAGCAUAGAUAAUAUGAAGAAGCGUGAUCAUUCAGUAAUUUCAUGUAAACAUGAAGAAAUAAAUCGGAAAAAUAUUAUCUUGAAUAUAAAUGAUGAAAUAAAGGAAAAAAUAAUGGAACGAGGAGGUGUUUCUGGAAAAAUUGUGAGUAAUAAUGAGGAAAAUGUGUGUAAAAAUAUGAAUGAAAAAAAAAUGCUAAUAUCUGAAAAUAUUCGAAAAAAUUUAAUGUCAUCUCUAGAGAAAGAAGCUGGUACCAAAUGUACUAGCGUUAAUAAUCGAGCUAAUUUAAAUAUAGAAAUAGAUAUUGAUUGUGAAUAUGUAUCUCUUGAUAUUUUUAAUAUCGAUUUAGCUAUUAAUGAAGGGGUAUAUAACUAUAAACAAAAUGAGGAAAGUUAUAUUGAAUGUGAUGAGCAAAUAAAAGAUUUAAAAAUAUAUAAUGAUAUAUUAAAAAGUGAAAAGGAGAUAUGUUCAGAUUUAUUAUAUAUAAAAAAAGAGAAUAAAUUUAGUAAUAAUUCUGUUAUUAUAUUUAAAAGUUCUAAUGAAAUAAAAGAUGAAAUAAGUAAAUAUGUUGGUAUGUCUAUAUUUGAUUGUAUCAAUAAAUUUAUCAUACCUACCAGUUCAUUGGUUAAUGAUAGUAGAUUAAGUAUUUGGUUUACUAAAAAAAGAAAAAAGAAUAAUAAUAUGAAUAGAAAUAAAGGUAACGAUUUCGACCAAAUCGAAAAUUAUAACGAUGAUUCUAAAAUUAGACGCAAUUUUGUAUUUAAAAAAAAAACAGAAGGAAGAUUAAGUUGUAUGGGUUUUUUUUCACAGCCAAUAACUAUCAUGUUAUCAUCAUUAAAAAGACGAAGUCAAUUUGGAAAUUUAAAAAACAUAAUUAUGUCAAUUAUAUUAUGCACAUGUGAUUCAUCAAUGCUGGAAAUAAUACUACAUACGAUACCAGAGGAAAAUAGUAAAAAUUAUCAACUAUGGAAAGCGUCAAUAAAAAAGUUGUAUUCCCUUAUAGGGGAUAAAAAAAAAGAAAUUCUUCGAAAAAUGAUUUUCUCUGAUAAGGAUAAAACUUGUGAAACUGAUGAAAAGGAGGAGGGGGAAGGAUAUGAUGAAAAUAAUUUGAUAGAGGAAAAAAAUAAAUAUAAUGAACUAAAUUUAAAAACAUAUGAUUUUAUGAAUACUAUGGAUAAUAAUGGAUAUCGAAAUUUCUUUAAUUCGUCUUUUUCAUCAGAAACUGGAGGAAACACACCAAUUAAUCAAAAUAACUAUUUUUCAACAGUUCCACUUUUAAAAAGUGAUGUAAAGACAGAGAAAGAUGAGGAAGAGAAAAAAAAUAAUGUUAAUAUAUUAGAAGAUGAAAAAUUUUGCUUAUUUAUAUGCACUAUAAAUGAUAUACAUAAAAGAUUUCAAUAUUUGCUGUUGAUUGAAAAUUAUGAUUUUAUAUAUUCUGAUUUAAUUAAACAUAUUCAAAAGAAAUUAAAUAAUAUUGAUUUAAUAAUAAAUAAGCAUAUGCUAUUAAAGCAACUUUUUUGUAAUGUUUUAUUUCUAUGUAAUUGGUUAAACGAGCCUAAAUGUUUCAAAUGGUUUCAAUGGAAUGACAUAUUCAAUAAAUUAUAUAAUUUAAAUGGAUUUUUAGAAAAUGGAAGAAUAUCCAGAGAAAGAUGUAUAAUGCUUCUUUUAGCUGAGCAUACAGGUGAAAUAUUUACUGAUAAAGAAUUAAAUGAAUUAAAAAAAACAAGUAAGCUACAUAUUAAAGAUCUUUAUGAUAAAUCUAUCGAUUUUAUUAAUUGCUUUUUGGAUUUAAAGAAUCAGUUAGAUACUGAAGAAUUUAAAAAAAGUUGUUGUAUCUUUAGCAGUGAAUUAGAGGAUAUAGGAGUUGAAAAUUGUUCAGAUAAUUCUUUAAACGAUAAAGUAUUAAAAGAUGAUAAAUUUUUGGAAAAAGUUAAGGAUUUUGUAAAUAAGUAUUACAAACAAAUGGUAUACAUUAUUUGGAACUUGGUAUUGUUGAUAAAGAAAUAUUUAAUCGUUAUAAUUUGGUUAGGUGAUGUUAAACCAUUUUAUCCCCUUUUUAGUUAUUUCGAUGAAGGAAAGAAAAUAAAAUAUUCUGAGGAUCUGUUUGUAAAUUUGUCUCAUUUUUUUGAAUCAUACAAUAAAUAUUUUAACAUCGUAAAAAAGGGUCAAGAGGAGUUACAAAAAGGAAUAGGAGAUACUAGUGAUCAAGGGCAAAAUGAUAAAAGAAAAAAUAUAGAAUUAAAUAAUAGUAACGAUUUUAUUUUUUCUGCAGACUAUUUUGAGAAAAAUAUUCAAAAAGAGACCCAUGGUAUUAUAAACGAUUCAAAUUACACAGAUUUUAAAAGUGGAAAAAAACAAAUAGUUGAGAUGAAUAAUCGUAAUUAUAACAACGGUAGUGAAUAUAUUGACAAUAAUUCCUAUAUAGAAAAUAAUGAUAUUAGCAUUAAAAAUGGUAAUAAUGUAAAAGAUGUGCCAUAUUUUAUGAAAAAUAAUGAUAAUUCAAAAACAGAGAACUAUGAAUUAAAGCAUCGAAGAUCACUAACAAACACAAUAGAUUAUGGAUGUGAGAUACGAAGAAAAAGUAUUGAAAAAGAAAAGGGCAAUAAUAACAAAUUUAUUAAAGGUGCGAGUUUUGAAAACAUGCUUGAAGCAGAAUUUGAUUCUUCUGCUUAG